CUGAACCAAGCAUCUAUCUAGUGUUGUAUAGCAAAUCUACUAAUUCCACAUUAUUGGUAGACCGCACAAAUUUAUAAUUUUAUUUGUCCCAAACCCCACUCUCCACUGGUGGAACACUGUAGCAGAAUUCCAGGGAAUACAAUAUCCUCAUUGCUUUAUGCACCUUCGCCAACUACUGUGCAAACUUGAGGAAAAACAACUUUUUGGGGGAAACGAGCGCUUUUUACGUGGAUAGUCACUCUCCUGCGAGCCGGACGUCUUAUUAUACACAUAUUAUAACGUUAGUUCCGUUUUCAAUUUUGUUUCGCAAGCUGAACAGGGGAAAGACGAUUGUGCAGUCUGUCCCUGCCGGUCGCGUGGCUUCUUUGUGUACAGCAGCUGCCUCUAAAUGCAUGGGCAAACAUCACCGCUUGGCGCAGAUAUCAUAAACCUUGAGGACGAGCUUGGACAUAGCUCAACCGUUAUUUGGGUUUCAAAACUAUGAAAAGCUUCUUUAACAAGUAGAAGAGGAAUAACAAAACGUCGUAUUUUACCCUUUACCCCUUCUUAUCCCGCUUUCUAUUUCUUUGAUUUACGGUCCCGAUAAAGCUUGCCCGCCUCGCCGCCUUUCUCUCACUCUGUGCGCGUGGAUUGUAAAAAGGUAGAAACAAAUUGAGCUCUGUUCACAGUACAGCUGCGUUGUUGCCUGGUACAUCAUGGAUGUACGGUUUUAUCCGACUGCCGGAGGAAAUCCUAUUCCAGGAGACCCACCAAACCUGGAUUUUUCCCACUGUUUGGGCUACUACAACUAUAAUAAGUUUGCCAACAACAACAACUACAUGAACAUGGCAGAUGUAGCUGGUGGUGGUGAUACAUUCCACACCCCCAGCCUGGGAGACGAGGAGUUUGAGAUCCCUCCCAUCACCCCUCCUCCAGAGACAGAGUCUGGCCUGGGCCUAUCGGAUGUGGACUCCCCCUUCCCGGGGCACCCGCUCCAGCACAGGGGACCCUUCACCCCCCAGUUCCCCCCUCAGAGCCUGGAGCUGCCCUCCAUCACCAUCUCACGCAACCUCAUGGACCAGGAGGGGCUCUCCAGCAUCAACGGCCUGCCAUUGAACAUGCAGGGCCACCUCCGCCAGUACCCCCCUAACCCCGCCAUGGUCAUGAGAUCCAUCAUAAGCAUGAACAACCCCAAUGGUAUGAUGUCCCGGAACCAGCUGACCACCAUCAACCAGUCCCAGCUCAGCGCCCAGCUGGGCCUGAACAUGACAGGACCCAAAAUCCCCCAUACUUCGCCCUCACCACCAACCAGCAAGUCAGCCACGCCCUCACCCUCCAGCUCUAUCAACGAGGACGACCAAGACCAGGACAAUAGGGUAAUGGCGGGAGAGAAGCGCCCAGCACCAGAUGCUGGGAAGAAGCCCAAGACCCCCAAGAAGAAGAAGAAGAAGGACCCCAACGAGCCCCAGAAGCCAGUUUCAGCCUACGCCCUGUUCUUCAGAGACACACAGGCCGCCAUUAAGGGUCAAAACCCCAACGCCACCUUCGGAGAGGUUUCCAAGAUAGUGGCCUCCAUGUGGGAUGGCUUGGGAGAGGAACAGAAGCAGGGCUAUAAAAGCAAAACAGAGGCUGCUAAAAAGGAAUAUUUAAAAGCCCUCGCUGCCUACCGCGCCAGCCUGGUUUCAAAGGCUGCCCAGGAAUCAGCAGAGGCUCAGACCAUCCGUUCAGUCCAGCAGACCCUGGCCUCCACCAGCCUGUCCCCAGGUCUGAUGCUGCCUUCCCCACUCUCCCAGCACCCGUCCAUGUCCUCUAUGUCCUCCAUGGCCCAGGCUCUCCAGAACGGCAUGCCACGGGCCAUCGCCCCCAAGCCGCUGCAGAUGAGGAUGGGGGGCAACCAGAUUGUGACCUCGGUGACGGUGCAGCACCAGAACAUGACCAACGGUGUGCCAUCCCAGCUGCUGAACCAGAUGGGUGGAGGUGGUGGAGGAGGGGCCAUGGUUGCCGGGGCCCAGCCCACGGCCGUGUCCCAGAUGAGCCCUACCAUGCAGGGUGGCGUGGGGGGGCACAUGCAGCAGCUGCAGCAGCAGCAGACACAGCAGCAGCAGAUGCAGCAACACCUGCAGCACCACCAGAUGCAGCAGCAGCAGAUGCACCACCAGCAGAUCCAGCAGCAGAUGCAGCAUCAGCAUUUCCAACACCACCUCCAGCAGCAGUUGCAGCAACACAACAUCCAGCAACAGCAGCAGCAACAGCAACAACAACAACAACAGCAGCAGCAGCAUCAGCAGCAGAGGCAUGACAUGCAACAACAGCAGCUGCAACUCCACCAGAUGCAGAUGCAGCAGCUCCACCAGCAGCAGAUGCAGCAGCAUCUCCAACAACAGCAGCAACAGCACCAGUCCCAGUGUUCCCCACCACAGCACUCACCCAGCACGCCUCAAUCAGUGGGGGGCUCCGCCUCCAUGGGCAGUCCCCAACCCGCCCCCCAGCAGCCACACCCCUCCCAGAUCCAGGCCCACGCCCAGGUUCUGUCCCAGGUCUCCAUCUACUGAGCCAAAUGAAUGGAAGAUAUCUAUCUUAUCUCAAAGAAGAGGAAUAGAAAUAAAAGCAUAAUUUCCACAUUGCUUUUCUAAGUUACACUUAAGAAGUGUGUAAGAAUUAGAAUGUUUUACAAAGAACUUGUCCAUUGUUAUAGACGGAUAUGAAUACCUACGUAGACGUGUAAAGGGGCAGAUACCUUAGCUGGAUUUUGUCUAUAAAAUAGGCUGCGCUAUGAGGAUAAGUCGGUAGGCAAAUGCCCAUUGAUUGUUUAUUGUUUGUUUUCUUGUCCUUCUCCGCUCAAUAGUCAAUUCAAAACUGACUUUGGGCACAUUUGUGAAAAAACUGGUAUACCUGACUCACACAGGGGAAGGAAUGCCCUGUUUUUAUUUAACGAUAGAGCUUUAUUUAUGAGGUCAAAGUUGUCCGUUCAGCUCAACUACUGGACACAUUGAAUGGAUUUCAACAGGCAUUUUUUUGCAGCUCUAACCUCUCCCAGAGAAGAACACCUGAACUGAAUGACUUACAGGUACCAUACUGGAGACCAGUAAUCCACACAUUAAACUUGUUUCCACACUGGCCAUUAUAUUAUGAGACUUUCUACAUUUUCCCCAUUUUUCUCUUGCCCUACAUUCCUGCAGAUGUAACUGUUUAACAAAUUGCCUAAGGGAAACUCUCCAUUAAACCAUCAUGCAUUUCAGGCCAAUGUGAUAUUUGAGCGCAUUCAUCCUAUGGCAUGAAGGCAAGAGACAAUAUCUUAAGGAAAAAGGGAACUGAAAAAUGUCUUGGGGAUGGGUGAUUGUGGGGGUUGCUGGAUGGAGGAAUGGAAGAAUGGACAGACAGAGACAUAAACUGCCAUAAGAUCAUUUAUGUCAUCAAACUGUAAAUGUGACCUGCUGUAAGUGUUUUGUAGAGUUGGGGACCUCCUCUUUCCACUAAAAUACCCAUUUGCUCAAAAAGUGUGUGUAAAACUGGCACUCCAAAAAAUCCUCCUUUUAUGUAUUUGUUUUUACCUCCAGAUGUUUACCAAUUAAAUUAUGUUUUUAUUUGGUGUGAUAAAGGGGAUAUUUUAUGGUAAAUGAAAAAUUCCACGAUCAAGGUUGAUGGUUUCAUGAUUGAUUGAUGUAUUUUUACACUACGUACUCCUUGAUACUACAAAACUUAUCAAAAGUAAACAGAAGAAGUAGCAGACACUUUGUUGCACUGUCAGAGCCAAUUGAAAAGGCAAUGAGGGUAUUUUCUUGCCAGAUGAAGUGAUAUAUCCAUGAUGAAAAGAGAAAAGUUGUACAUUUUUCAUAUCACCUGUUGUAAAGUUUUAAUAUGUGAGGCUGUAAUUAAAACAUUGGUAAAAUUACCUGAUUGCUAUAUCACGUAGUGCAUUUCUGCUCUUUUAUACUUUUUUUAUGAGUUAUAAUAGCAGCAAUUCAUUUGUUUGUAUUUUGCUUACAGAUAAAAAUCCAACUGAUUUUUGAAAACUGUGCAUAGAAUAAAUACAUUUCAGUAUGAAUAUCCUACUUGUUUUUCAGCUGUUAAUAGGACAUUUAAUUUAACAUUUGAGCUUAAAUGAAAACACAACCAGAGACAUUGCAUCAAUUAUACGAUACUAGCCAUAAUUUUGUGCGACGUCUCCUUAUUGUUAGAUAUUGAAAAAUGUGUGAUUUCAACAUGGAGUACCAACCAUUGUAACUGUGUCAAACAAACAGUGUUGAGACUGGAAAGAGUCAGCAUGUAACUGGUGCUUGUCUCAAUAACAGUCCUCAUUCUCACUGACAAAUGUUUUGGAUUCUGACUCUUUCUUCACCAGGAACUAACCGUUUCGUACCACCACAUAGUAACUACUUCAUUUCUAAGAUAGCCUAUCAUCAGGGGGCUCUGAGCUUACAUCAACAUGGAGAGUGA